AUGUGCAGUGACUUGAGACGACGCGUGCUUGAGGAAGUUGAAGUGAGGCAGCAGUCUCCAGGGGUCAUGCCGCCUGCUUCCCGUGGGACAACUCUGACAGAUGCAGCAGGAGAACGUGAAGUAGAGGGAGACAGUGCGGAUGGGCUACUUGCCAAUUAUUCGGUCGACUCACGCCUGAGUGACGAGGAGGCCUUCUUGAGAGAAUUCGAAAAAUUUGAUAAGAGCAUGAACAUGAUGAAAACGUGCACUGUGGAGCCACAGAGGUGGGUGGCAUCUACAUCGUAUCUUUCGGCUGUCCGCAAUCAAGAGGAAGCUACAAAGGCCGUUCUACCGUAUGGGAAUAAAUUUUGGAUUGUUUACGGACCGGACACACUGAAGGUCUUUAAGAAUCCGAAGGAUCGGCACAUAGAGUCAGUCGUGCGUACCAGUGGAUGCCGCAUAACGUAG